AUGUCCACACAAUGCCCUGCUUGUUCCCGUGAUAAUCUUACGGUUACGGGUCUCAGUCAGCAUCUUGCAAAGAGCCGCAACCCACAUUGUCAAGCACUGUACCGUCAGUCACACUCUCAAAUACACGCCAAUGAUCCUUACUAUGAACCUGAUACUGAUGGAGGAUAUGGUGAGGAUGACUUGGAGUUUGCACGGGCUGAUGAUCCGGAGUUUGUGUGGGAGCAAACUAGUGGUGACGACAAUGCAGAUGAUGAUGCGUCAGACGAUGGGUUGAAUGCCGAACCUGAAUGGGAGCCUCCGGAAAAUUUGUACCAUCCUUUCACUUCUAAGAUGGAUUGGGAGGUCGCCAGAUGGGCGAAACUUCGCGGAGUCAGUUCGACAGCUUUUUCAGACUUGCUCGCAAUCGAGGGGGUCAGCGAACGCUUGUCACUCUCCUUCAAGAAUGCGAAUGAGUUGAACGCACUUGUCGACCAUGAGCUUCCGAGUAGCCGUCCAAAGUUCAAGCGAGAGCAGAUCGUCGUCGCUGGUGAAGCCUUUGACGUAUAUUAUCGCGAUGUGGUCGAAUGUGUCAGGUCACUGUAUGGUGAUCCUGAUUUUGCAAGAUAUCUUGCAUUUGCCCCCGAGCGGCAUUAUUCCGACAAGGAUAAAACGGUUCGUCUCUUUCAUGAUAUGCACACAGGAAAAUGGUGGUGGGAUACACAGAAAAAACUGGAUCAGCACAGUCCAGGUGGUACCAUCAUUCCCAUCAUCAUCUCUCUGUCUAUCCCGUCUAUCUCACGGUUCACCAUUGGCAACAUCCCUAAAGAAAUCCGACGCAAACCAUCACGUGGCGCACAUAUACUCCUGGCAUAUUUGCCGUGUACACGACUUGAACACAUCACCAACAAAGCAUCGCGUCGCCAAACUCUGGCAAACCUAUAUCAUGCGUGUUUGAGCCGUGUUCUCGCUCCGCUAAAGUCAGUUGGUCUUGAUGGACUUUGUAUGGCUAGUGGGGAUGGCGCUCUCCGCCGUUGCCAUCUAUUAUUUGCUAGCUUUGUUGGUGACUACCCAGAGCAGCUCCUUGCUACCGGAAUCAAGUUUGGAGAGUGUCCGAAAUGCAAUGUCGAUGCUGCUGAAAUGGGUAGCAAUACUGCACCAUUUCAUUUACAGAAACUGAGCGAGGUACUAGAUGCCCUUGCUACUCUCAAUGAAGGGAAUUUAUCUUUCGUUCGCGCUUGCUCGGUAGCAGGCAUCAAGCCCAUUGUCCAUCCUUUCUGGGAAGAUCUCCCGUUCACCAACAUUUUCCGUGCGAUCACACCAGACGUAUUACACCAACUAUAUCAAGGCUUGAUUAAGCACCUCUUAGGAUGGUUGUCGGCUGCUUGUGGAGCUGCUGAAAUAGAUGCUCAUUGUCGGCGUCUUCCUCCCAACCAUAAUAUCCAUCUGUUCAGGAAGGGCAUCACUAGCCUGUCACGUAUAAGCGGUGCUGAACAUGCACAAAUCUGCCGCUUUCUCCUUGGUAUCGUGAUUGUGCGGGGUCUACUCGAUUUCCUCUAUCUUGCACAAUAUCCUUGUCAUAGCUCAGAGACCCUGCAGCUGCUGGACGACGUGCUCGAUCUUUUUCACGACAAUAAGGACAUUUUCGUCGAGCUGGGUAUCCGAAACAAUUUCAAUCUACCAAAACUGCACGCAACGCGCCACUACACUCUCAUGAUAAUGAUGUUGGGGACGACGGAUAAUUAUAAUACAGAGUACACCGAACGACUUCAUAUUGAUUAUGCAAAGGACGCUUACCGCGCUACAAAUCAUAAAGAUGAAUUUUUGCAGAUGACACGCUGGCUCGAACGAAAGGAGAAGGUUCUGCGCUAUGAGAAGUACAUCAACUGGCGACUUGCUGGCAAUCACGAGUCCGAGCCCUACCACUCACGUCCUCCUGAUAUGACUUUCCGUCGGCUUCAGACGAUGACAAAGCACCCUAGUGCAAAGGCCGUCAAUAUAGACAAGCUGAUUGAAGACUACGGCACUACUUAUUUCCACGAAGCACUUGCACGCUAUAUCACACAACUCAGCCACACUAAUGAUCCGUGCCUCUCUAGUCAAACACUGGAUGUGUUGGCACACGAUGUCCAUCUCCCAUUCCGAAGUCUUCCAGUUUUCCACAAGAUUAAGUGGCUCUCGGUGGAUACUUGUGAUCAUGGCGACGCAACAGUCACAUUGGACUCUGUGCAUGCCAGACCACAGCAGAGCUCAGGUUCUUCUCCAUUGGCUCGUCGGUCAGAUACAGCUCUUGUGAGUCUCGGUCCGAAUACUGAUAUUGUUAGCGCUGGUAUACAAGGUUUCCGCGUUGGCCAAGUACGAGUCAUUUUUGCAUUACCACCAAAGUCACUUCCACUCCUUUUGCCGCCAACAGUCCAGGUACCCAAACACUUAGCUUACAUCGAGUGGUUUACACCAUUCUCUUCAGCUCCCGAUCGACGCCAUGGACUUUAUGAGCUCUCUAUUGUGCCAUUGGCAAACAUUGUGCGUAGUGUCCAUCUGAUACCAAGUUUUGGUGCUGUCGUCCCACAAGAAUGGACGAGUGAUACGGUUCUGGAUGAUUGUAACGAUUUUUGGUUGAAUUCGUAUUUAGAUAGAUACACUUUUUGUAUAUUCAAGUAA